AUGUUUAUUUUAUUUUAUUUAACUAUUGCUCUUGCCAAAUUUACUAGACUCACAAUUCCUGUUAAUGAUGUCAGAAAUAACAUAUACUUCCUAUAAAAAUAUGGAAUUGAUUUAGGAAAAGGCACAUUCUCAUUUAGAAUCAGAUUAACCUAACCAUUUGAUCAAUAAACUGAUGAUUUUGUUUAUUUCAGAUUCCAUAUUUUCACUGAUGAUUAUUGGCCUAUGCAAAAAAGAGAACCCAAAUGUACCAAUAAAAGAACUUUAGGUACUUAUUUAGAAAAAGAAAAAUUACCUUUAAAUGGUGAAUGGAGCAAUCUUAAAGAAAGGAGAAUUAAUCUUCAUUAUAGAGAUAAAAUUUACAUUAUCGCCACUUCAGAUUGUGACGGUGAAUUAGCAAAGAUUGAAGGAUACUAAAUUGAAAUAGAAAUCACUUCGUUAAAUAAUGGAUCACACUUUUCUUGUGAAGAUAAUGGAAUUUAAAAAUUAUAUGGAAUCCAAAUCAUUGCUAGUUUACUUAUUGGCAUUUAUUGCUUAAAAUAAGGAAAAGAUGAUUUAUUUAUUAAAUAUGUCAUGAGGGUACUCUUUAUUGAUAUUAUUGCAGAAGUAUCAUUUCUCUUACAUUAUACUGUCUAUUCUUAUAAUGGAAUUGGAAUUUAUUUAUUUGAUUUAUUAGGUAGCAUUUCUAAUAAUGCUUCGCAAUUAUUAUUUGCAUUUCUAUUUGUAGCCUUAUCACAAGGAUGGACUAUUACAAAGUAAGAACUCAAUACUGUUUAAUUCUUUCCCUUUAUUUCUAUGGUUGUAAUAUAUCAAUCAAUUAUUAUGAUCAUUAUUAAAUAUUUUGAUGGAAGUGAAGACAAAUAUCAUAAUUUUUAUGGAAUUGGAGGAUGGUUAUUAAUGUUUUCAAAAGUUGGAUUAACAUUUCUUUAUACAUAUGGAAUUACCAGACUUUAUUAGUAAGUUAAAUAAAAAUAAUUUAUUGUUUUAAUUGCAAUUAUUGGAAUCUUAUAUUAGAUUCAUUAUCCUGUUGUAGUCUUUAUCACAGAGAUGUUUGUUGUACCCUAUUGGAAAAAUAGAGUUAUUACUAUGACCACCAUUCUUGUUUCACAUUUAUGCAUGGUUUUUUGUGCUUUCAUUUGCACUACAAAAUCAACUGCUUAUUUUUAAUUGAAAAAUUAGAGUUAGACUAUAAUAUGA